UUAGAGCAGCUAAAAAAAGUAAUUCAUUAGUCCAAUUAUUGGUACUGAAAUGACAUAUAGUGUUUUCUGGCAAUUCGAGCUUUUAAUGCUGGGCUUCAUCAUUAUGCCUCUGUGUGGUCUGCGAGACCUUUUACCUGAAAAGUUUAUUCCAUCACAUCUGUGUGCAGUGAGAUCUGGUGUGUGCAUCUGUAUUUAUGAGCUCUCUGAGUUGCUUUCAAAAGAGGGAAAAACAUCUGCUUUUGUUGUGCUUGGAGCGCAUGCUGUCACUGCAUGUGGGGUGUGCGGUGCGGUAUGGAAGCGCUGUUUCGUUUUAUUAGAAGGGUCACUUCACAGCCUCUGUUCAGAUACACACAUAAAGAAAUAUAUUUCUAUAAAUGGUAAGGUCCUACAAAGAAGCUACAGAAGAAAAGUAACUUUUUUUUAAUCAGAUUUGACCUUCCUCUGUAACUUUACAGGUACUGUAAUUUAAUAUAUAACAAUGUCUAGAUUGUUCCCCAGCAACAAUGUUUUCAAACAUACAUGAGUCUUUUCUCUGCACAUGCUAACACUUUAAGAAACUCCCCCAUGAGCUUGCUUGCUUUCAAUGAAAUCUCACUACAUUACUUACAUGUUUUUAAAGUUGGAAAAAUGGCAAAAGUGAGGCCUUGAAUGCAAUGCUAGUAGAAAUAUUUUUUCUAUGUGUGUAUCGCUUUAGUGUUUACAACUGAGUUAUGUUUUAGCUUGGUAAACUUCUCUGUGACGUUGCUUGGAAGUUGCGCUAGUUACACACUGCAGCAGUCUCUUCCUUUCUAACUCCAGCCUGUACUUCAUUAGCCUUCUGCUAUUCCCAGAACUCCUGUAGAUGUGACUCCUCUUUUCCGAGAUGGAGGAAUGUUUCUCCCUCAGGUCCGACUGAUGGUACGGGUUGAGGCCUGGGCAGGGGCCUCGGCCUGUUUGUUCAGGAUGUGUUUGGAGGAAAGAGAGAUUGUCGAUUCUCCCCCCACCACCCCUCCAAAUCCCUGGAUCCUGUGGCUGAAAAUCACUGCCAGCCGUGCUGACGUGCUUAUCCAUGCCUACAUCAGAGCUCAUGGAGGGGGGGCUCCUGGUGGAUAAAGAGCCAGACGGAGGGACAGUCGGGGCUAAUAUUGUGAGAUCAUAUUUCAAGGCUUGUACAGUCACUAUCAGGAAGUGGUGUGGCAUGACAUCACUGCUUCCCCCACCACUCAACAUUGGGUUCCACAAUGCUCACAUAUUAAAGUCCAAAACAUGUAUAAAACAUUCAUUUCAAAGUCAUUUGAAGCCACUUGUAUCCACCGAAUAAUUAAUAUCUGACUCUGUAAUAGUUCUCCCGCUCUUUUUCCCUUUUCCACCAGCCAUUUAAGCUUAAAAUAUCAGUGCAGAUCUUAAAAUGAUGCACUCUCUUCUUAUUCCCAGCUUUUUCCCUCCAUCACUGGCAGCUGACCUCGCUCUGUAGAGUUUUCACUGACUGUACAGCAGUACUUAUUCUCACUCUCUUUCUUCCAUUUGCUUUCACUCAAACACUCUUUGGAUGCUAGGCUGGUAAAAAGCAGAGUAGUUAUUAACAAAAUGUAGUAAAGAAGCUGGCUCACAGGUCUCACCCGGGGAAAAUUAUUACAGUUAGAGUUUUAACUUUUGCCUUAAUAUGUUUUUAAAUUAAUAUAAUUAUUAUUUUUCUUUUUAGAUGUGCACUGCUGUAAUUAUUAACGGUGGCAUGCAUUUUGUGUUUUCAAUGAUUUCAAUUAAACUCAAUUCGUUUUACCAUCUUAUUAGCAUAAAUUGAAAUUUAUUUUGGUUCAUAAAUAAUUACAGAAGCAAUUAAGCAAAACAAUGAAAAGGCAAUUAUUCCCAACAAAUUGGUACAAAAGAAAAAAAAAUUUAAACUGCAUUACAUAAUGAUAGCAAUACUUUAGUUAUCCUAAGAGCUCUGUCAGGUUACCGUUAGCAGGUAAAUACUGAGAUUAACAUUCUAACAUUUUCACAUUAACAGUGCUAAGCUUAAAUAACAUCUACGGGGUCUAAUGAAGCAGAUAAGACACGCAAAGUUGACCUGAUAAUAGUGCUAGAUGAAAAUUAGGAGGAUCAGUAAAGUCAUUAAACUCACUGUGUGUACAAAAUGUCAUUGCAAGCAACGCAAAAAUUAAAAUGAGUUGAGCCACCGACCCAAAAAUGGACAUUAGUGCUGGUUUGGCUAAAAAUGUUUGUAGACUUUGAUUACAAACCAUCAUUUUGGUAUUAAAAGAAAAAUGAAGCCAAAUGAACUAACAAAGUCUAUGUCAGAGAAAUGUCACAUUUGUUAAAUGCCCACUCCUCCUGACUAAUGUCCAAAUCCCUUGUGUCAUCAUAACGUUAAUUCUUCAUUUAUCUCAAAUGAAGAAAUAAAAAACAAUGACUGCCACCUGCAAGCACACAGUGACAGCACACACAGUGUAAUUUUUAACUCCAGGGAUGACAGCUUUGACAGAUGGUUGGGAACUUUUAUCCCAGCUGUGAUUAUGCAAUGAAGUAUGAUCUUGAAUGUGUUUUGCUAGGUACUAGCGUUGCUGCAGCUAUGUAAAGGGCAAGUCUGGCUCUGUUGCUGUGCACUGGUCCAUACUAAAACACUAUGUGUAUUUUCUACCCUGAGGGGAGUUGGUAAGCAUUUACUUAGCUUGACGUUUCACUGUCUGACUGUGGGUUUGGCUGACCUUGAAUGGCUCAUCUCCACUCCCUCAUAAGUUUACUGGCCAUUUUACUAGAUACAUCUUGCUAAUACUUGUUUGAAGCUCCUUUUGCCUUCAGAAAUGCCUUAAAUAUUUGUGCCACAGAUACAGCGAAGUGCUGGAGACACCCUCAGAGAUUUUGGUCCUUAUUGACGUGUUAACACCACACAGUUGCUGCAGAAUUGUGAGCUGCAAAACCAUGAAGUUGAUCUCCUGUUCCACCACAUCUCAAAUGUGCUCUAUUGGUUUAAGAUUUAGUGACGAUGGAGGCCAUUUGAGUACAGUAAACUCAUUGUUAUGUUUAAGAAACCAGCUUGAGAUGAUUUGAGCUUUGUGACGUGACACAUUAAGCAGCCAUCAAAGAUGGGUACACUGUGGUCAUAAAGGGAUGGGCGUGAUCAGCCCAUUAGUUUGGUAAGCUGUGGUGAUUUAACAAUGCUCAGUUAAGAAAUAUCCCCUGUGAAAUACCAGUGUGAACCAUUGAUACAAGAAAGAAUGGAUCCAUGCUUUCAUGGUGUUAACACCCCUACCGUCUGAAUGACCCUCAAACCAGGCACAAUUUUUCCACCCAUCUCUUUUCUACUUUUGGUGAGGUCAUGCAAAUUGUAACCUCAGUCUCCUGACAGGAGAGUUGGCUGACAAGAGUAAUACCAGUGUGGUCAUCUGGUGCUGUAGCCCAUCUGCUUCAAGGUUUGUUGUCUAAGUUGUUCAGAGAUGCUCUUCUACGUAACUUGGUUGUAAUAAGUAAAAAUUUUAGUUACUUUCCCCCUCCUGUCAGCUUGAAGCAGUCUGACCCUCGCUGGAUAGUUUUUCCUUUUCAGUUCUCUGUAAAUCAUAAAGAUGGUUGAAAAUCCCGGUAGAUCAACAUUUUAUGAAAUACUCAGACCAGCCUGUUCGGCACCAACAACCACCCCACGUUCAAAGUCACUUAAAUCCCCUUUCUUCCUCAUUGUGAUACUUAGUUUGAAAUUCAAGAGGUUAUCUUGGCAGUGUCUGCAUGCCUAAACAUAUUAAGUUGCUUCUACAUGAUUGGCUGAUUAGACAUUUUUGAAUGGGUGUAGUUAUGAAAGUGUCCUAUGAGUGUGUUCUUUCCACUUGCAUCCAAAUGCCAUCUUAUUUUGUGGAAUUAGGCUGAGUAUUUUCGGGAUUGUGCUUUUCCUAAAAAUUAUUAAUGAUGGUUUGGCAGCCAAGUGCAAUCUGUUUUAAUAUUUCACUCUAAAAUCUUUAGUUGAAAAGCAGUAGUGCUUUUUUGGAGGGGGGCGUUAUUCUCCAAAGCAUUUGUGUUGAUCUGAAAACUAAGCUGCCUGAAGCCUUUGCAAACAUCCAUGACUCAUAUGUUAAUCACUAAUAAUGACUUGCCUUAAGCCUUGCAAGUGUAGUUAUUGCAAUUUUGAAAACAUUUUCAAUUUCUGUUGCACUUUCUCUGUUAAUCACAAAUCUAGGGACAUCAAAAGACAUGCUGUGGGUUGUAAAUCCAGUUCAAAUUUCCUAAAUGACAAGUAUAAACUCAGCUGAGGCAGAUAUUACAUCUGAGCCUCGCUGUCUUUUAUUAACCAUAAAAUCCUCGUGCUGAGCGGGGUUACUCGGAAGUCACAAAAAGAGUUUACACUUAUAUUACAGUACAUUUGCCAUCUGAACUCCUGAACCAAAUUCAGUUCCACUUUUUCGCUUGUGCUCUUUGCUGUGUUUGACAGGCUGUUGCCGAAUGUUGAUUUCAGGCAGUCCAAUAAAGGAAGUAGAUGUGUACGCUGCAUGGGUGUGUCAAGUCACAGUUCAAACACAUUAGGCUGCCAGUGAACUGUGCAUUAAUCGUAUCAGAGGAGAAGGGAAGUUGGUGUGAUGAUAGUUACAGAGCGGGUCGGCACCUCUGAAAGGCAUUUCUGUUUUUUGACUGAGGGAUCACUGAAGUUAUAUUUACUCACUCUUCUCCAAACUGGACUUUGUAACGAGAAUUGGAACAGAGUGUCGUCGCUACUGCGAAUAUGAUGUAAUUCUCCUGGGCCACUGAUUGGCCCCUGAGCUGACAUAAACCUGGAUUUCCUGGAGGAUUCUGUGUACUCUGGACUUCAUUUGACAGAAAGAAUGGUGGACAAGAUAUGGAGGAAGAGUUGGCAUUUUAUUGAAAAUAGACGGUCUCUUCGUAAGAGGCAGACCUCUAGUGUGGUAGAAUGUAAGAGUGAUGUGGAAGGGGAUGCACGGCCCAGUGAUAGUGGCCCUUCCUUGGAUGGGGGAGCCAGCUAUGGCCAGGGUCCCGUGACCCACGGCUCAGCCAUCAGCCCCGACCGAUUUGACAGCCCACUUUACAGCCACGGGGUCCAGCCUGGGCCUCAGAGGCCCCGACGACCCAAGCUCCAGCACUCACAGUCCAUCCUCCGUAAGCAGGCUGAGGAGGAGGCCAUCAAGCGGUCCCGAUCGCUCUCUGAGAGCUAUGAGCUCUCUGCUGACCUCCAGGAUAAACAGGUGGAGAUGCUAGAGCGCAAAUAUGGUGGACGAUUCAUAACUCGACAUGCAGCUCGAACCAUUCAGACGGCGUUCCGCCAGUAUCAGAUGAACAAGAACUUUGAACGUCUCAGGAGUUCUAUGUCAGAGAACCGUAUGUCCAGACGCAUUGUACUUUCUAACAUGAGGAUGCAGCUCUCAUUUGAGGGCCCCGAAAAAGUCCACAGCUCAUACUUUGAGGGGAGGCAGGUGUCCAUGACGGAGGACGGCACCCCGCUGUCCAUGGUGCAGUCAGAAUGCGGAGAUAUAGAGGUUCACCAGCAGGCCAACAUGGCACACCCUCCACCGCAGGGUGACCUUACAGAUGCCAUCACAGAGCUGGAGGACGCCUUUUCAAGACAAGUCAAGUCUCUGGCUGAGUCGAUAGAUGAUGCUCUGAACUGUCGCAGCCUUCAGGGGGAUGAGGGUCCUGACCCAGAGGCUAUCGGCUGCUCCGAGAGACAGGGGGAUGUGCAGUAUCAGGUGAAGUCUCACCAUAGGGCAGCUGGACGGAUGCGCGAUGAAACGAUGGCGUCUUAUAGCGAUGUUACUCUGUUCAUCGAUGAGGAGGACAUGUCCCCUUCUAUUGCCUUGUCCAGGUCAGGGGACCAGCCCUCCAGCACAGAAUCAGACUUACGGUUGCGGUCAGUUAACUCCUCUCAAGAAUACUGGCCUAUUGACCCCAAAGAUGAGGGUCGUGACACAGACACAAGCUGCCGCAGCACUCCUUCUCUAGAGUGCCAAGAGCAGCGUCUUAGAAUGGACCAUCUUCCUCUGUUGACCAUAGAACCUCCUAGCGAUAGCUCCGCAGAGCUCAGCGACCGGUCAGAGCGGAGCACUGUCAAACGGCCACCUGUGUAUGAACCUCACGGCCACAUUGUAACAUCGUCCCAAGCAAGCCCCAAACACAUUUCCCACGGGCCCCCACCACGAGCUCCCUCCCGUGACGACGACGCGCCUCUUCGCCACCGCCACAGACAGUUAGAAAGCCACUUGGCUAUCAACGGCUCAGCUAACAGACAGAGCAAGUCAGAGUCCGAUUUCUCCGAUGGGGACAAUGACAGCAUCAAUAGCACAUCAAACUCAAAUGACACCAUUAACUGCAGCUCUGAGUCCUCAUCAAGAGACAGCCUGCGAGAGCAGACCUUAAGUAAGCAGACCUACCACAAAGAGACUCGCAACAGCUGGGAUUCGCCCAUAUUCAGCAAUGAUGUUAUCCGGAAGCGACACUACCGCAUCGGCCUGAAUCUCUUCAACAAGAAGCCAGAAAAGGGCAUUCAGUAUCUUACUGAGAGAGGAUUCAUCCCUGACACGCCAGUCGGAGUGGCUCACUUCCUGCUGCAGAGAAAGGGGCUAAGCAGGCAGAUGAUUGGAGAAUUUCUUGGCAAUCGACAGAAGCAGUUCAACAGAGAUGUCUUGGACUGUGUGGUAGACGAAAUGGACUUCCAGGGCAUGGAGCUCGACGAAGCCCUGAGGAAAUUUCAGAACCACAUCCGCGUCCAGGGUGAAGCACAGAAGGUGGAGCGGCUCAUUGAGGCUUUCAGCCAGCGCUACUGCAUCUGUAACCCAACAGUAGUGCGGCAGUUUAGGAACCCUGACACCAUCUUCAUCCUAGCUUUUGCAAUCAUCCUCCUCAACACCGACAUGUACAGCCCCAACGUCAAGCCAGAGAGGAAGAUGAAGCUGGAGGACUUUAUCAAGAACUUAAGAGGUGUGGAUGAUGGAGAGGACAUACCCCGGGAGACUCUGGUCGGCAUAUACGAGAGGAUUCGUAAACGAGAGCUCAAAACCAACGAAGACCACGUCUCCCAGGUGCAGAAGGUUGAGAAGCUCAUUGUGGGAAAGAAACCAAUUGGAUCUCUCCACCAUGGCCUGGGAUGUGUGUUAUCGCUGCCGCACCGUAGACUGGUGUGUUACUGCCGUCUGUUUGAAGUGCCAGAUCCAAACAAGCUCCAGAAGCUAGGCCUGCAUCAGCGGGAGAUCUUCCUGUUCAACGACCUCCUAGUGGUAACCAAGAUUUUCCAAAAAAAGAAGAAUUCAGUGACCUACAGCUUCAGACAGUCCUUUUCUCUAUAUGGGAUGCAAGUCAUGCUGUUUGAAAAUCAGUAUUAUCCAAAUGGAAUCAGACUUACAUCAGCGAUACCAGGUGCAGACAUCAAAGUGCUUAUCAACUUUAAUGCGCCCAACCCCCAGGACCGCAAGAAGUUUACAGAUGACCUACGAGAGUCCAUUGCUGAGGUCCAGGAAAUGGAGAAAUACAGAAUAGAGUCCGAGCUGGAGAAGCAGAAGGGGGUAGUGAGGCCCAGCAUGUCGCAGAGCUCUGGCCUGAAGAAGGAAGCAGGCAAUGGGAACAUGAACCGGGCCAGUCUGGAUGAUAGCUACGCCAUGGGUGAGGGCCUGAAGAGGAGCGCCCUCAGCAGCUCCCUUAGAGAUCUCUCUGAAGCAGGCAAGCGUGGGCGUCGCAGCAGUGCAGGAUCACUAGACAGCAAUGUGGAAGGGUCCAUCAUUAGCAGUCCACACACACGAAGGAGAGCCAACACGCCUCGCGAGAGCGUGCCCCGCGGCCAUCCAUCCAUCCCUAACUCGGCAUCGACUUCCAUCCUCGGGUCGCUCUUUGGCAGCAAGCGAGGGAAACCGCCGUCUCAGAGCCACCCUCCUUUCCCCCAACCUGGUCACCCCACUCUCAUAUCGCACAAGCCCCACCCGACCAACCUCCAUCACACGGCGCAGGUGGUGCACGCAGUGCAGACCCAACACCACGGCCACCAUCCCCAGUACUGCACGCAGAAUCCCCCGCCUUACCACCACCACCACCACUACCACCCCCCACCUCACACGCAGUACCACCAGCACCCAGCCUACUCCUCACACGCACACCAACACGGCCAUUCGCAGCACGGCCAUUACAGCCAGCAUUCCCACCACACCUCGCACUCGCAGCACUCUCACCACCACAGUCAGCAAGUGGGUUCGGCGCCUGGCGGACCCAAACCCAAACACAGUGGCAUCAGCACCGUAGUGUGAUGCUCCUAACUCAGAGAGGAGAAGCAAGGAGGGAACUUAUUGAAGAAGGGACAUUUGCUUACACCAAAGGGACUGACAGCAUAACUCUAUGGCCUGUCCACUGUGUUUCUGCUGCUGUGAUGGAAACCAAUCACAUGCAGCCACCUUUUUUCACUUCCAGGUCCAAUAAAUAUAUGCAGGAUGGAUAUUGGACUCAAAUCUUCCACUAAGGGCCUUUACUAGCUUGCCUGAUCAGGGACUUUGGUCCCAUCGGGGUUUUGGGUGUACUGGGUAUGGGUGGGGUUCUGCACAGGAAGAUGCUCUUUGUUUUCCACAAACACCAUCCGGCCGUGACAGCUGAGGAGAAAAUAGGCUUUCUCACCAAGCUUCUCCCUGCUACUCCAUUCCCUCAAUAACCUGUCUUACCUUCACGUAACCACGGGGAAAAGAUGGCCUGAGACGAAAACUCAGCUGACUGUUUUCUCUGUCGCAAUGACAUCACUUGUCGUGCUCAGCCUUUAGGAAGUCAGUUUUUCAAAUCUUUGGUUUUGCGGAUCCCAACAUCAUCUGAAUGCUAUUUGUUGUUGCCUCCUGUAGAGCUCAUAUGUAGUGAAAAACCUAGAUGUAAUCAUUUCACACUAAAUUAAAUCAAAGGACAGGUGAAGAACUUGACUGAGUCAGUCAUAGUAGUUCUAGUGCUGUAUUUACUGUAGAUGACAGCUAUAUGUGUUGUCUCCUAGCUCUCAUAAAUAAAUGUGCCAAUUAUUACUGCAUAAUCUAUUUAGUCAAGACUUCAUGUACAGUAUAUUGUGUGUAAAGUAAUUUGUAAGAUUAUACUUGCAAUUAUUAUCAGCAAAAAUGAACUUUAUCAGUAUUAUACUGACUCUAUGGUAACAGGAUGUAGAUCUGAAAGGAGUGAACUCCCAUUUAGUCCGGCUGUUAAUCUAUUCUGGAAUUUUUGCCUUUCCAAAUGGAUUAGAAAGAGUCUCUGGAUGGCAGCUGUUGCAUAUGGGCCUCAAAAUGCUGUGCAGUCACAGCUGAAGCUUCAAAGCAGACUCCACUUGUCAACUUUAGGAGCCGAUAAAGUAGGUCGCUCGUUAGCUCUGCUUCCUUCCAAUAUUGUGGCUGCAUAAGACGUAACGUAGUGAAGAAUAACAGCGAAAAAGGCAUUUCCAAUGCUACGUGGCUCUGUUUCUGUUACAAAAGCAAAGUGCUGGACAUGUUAAGUCUGUUGCCUUUAACAUGUGCAACAUCUGCCUCCUUGACUCUCAAAAUCAGAAACAUUUCUUAGCUCUUCUUUUUGCCUUGUUUAGAAUAUUUUUUUAUUCACCAGGAUUCGGUGAGUGAAUAAAAUCAGUUCUUACAUAGUGAAGUAUUUUUUCAUCUUUUUUUCUAUUAUAUGUGCAAUAUCUUUGUACUGAUUUUGUACAUUAAGAACAAGCAAGGUGUCCCUCCUAUCUGUGCAUUUUUCGUGUCGCGUCAUUAUUUAUUUAUUUUGGUUUUUUUGACCCCUGUCAAGAGUCUUUUCUCAGUAAAUUAAUGUCUGGCUGUCCUCACGGUCUCAUUAGAGGUACAGACUUGGAGUUCAGUGGAAUGUCAAGUAAGUGAUAAUUUUGCAUGUAAUGUUGUUGAUGUGAGGCUAUCCUCUGCACAUUGUAUAACAAGUCAGUGUUACCAUAGCAAGUUAAGUGCAAUCAUGUUCAGAAAAUGCAGACUUGUACUGAAAGUGGAGGUCUCUUAUCUUGUCGUCAGGACAAGAUUCAGGUGAAAAAAGAGAAAUCUUUUUUUUUUUUCCAUUCAAAAUAAGGAAAAAUAUAUAAAUAUAUAUAUAAUACUUACACAGUUCACAGUGGAAAGAAGAAUGUGUGUAUAUAUUUUAAUAAAAGGGAAUAUACUUCUCCUUGGGCUGAACAGAAAUAUUUUGCUGGAUAAGCACAUUUGAAAGAACACUUUCAUUGUUUUCAGGAAAUGCAGUUACAAUAUACAAAAAUGCAAACUGAAGAAACAAACUGGGUAUAUGUAAAGAAUAACUUUCUACAUUCUACAAAUAAAAGUCUAUUCUAGUGUGUAAAUUAGUGACAGUAAACUGUUUGUCCCGAUAUUCAGGUUGUAAAUGUAUUUUAACAUUCACGAAGAAAAACCAUCGCCAUAAGUCAGGCUUACUCUCACACGUUUGUACUCAUGUGACUUAAGACGGACAUAUCACAUACUGGACAUUAAUGAUCAGCUGAAUGUGUCGCUCCACUGAUAUCAUAUCUUUGCUAUAACUCUGAUAUCUUGGGAUGAUUUGAAACUGUUUAAUUUGUUUAUUUUUUUGGUGUGUGUUGUAGUUCUUCAAAUGUCUACAGUCAUUCUUUGCGAGAAAGUACCCCGGCAAUGCACUGCAUGGAUCUGAUGCAUCAUGUGUCCUAUUCACUGUGAGCUAAUGGGGGGAUUCAAAAAAAAGUUGGCCUAUGAAUUUUGACUUCUCCUUUGGUUUUGAUUAGGUUGGAAUUUUCAGAUGUUGAUGUGUUCUUGUUGUUCCAUGUUAGCCUGGUAGUUACUAAAGCUCAGCAUGCAUUUCAUCAACAAAGCCAUUGUGUAAAUUAUAAACAUGAAGAACAUUGCACUUCCUUAGCUGAGGGCUUUCAUCGUGUAAAUACGGGAUUUUGAUGUGCAAACAGAUGAGCUGCUUGGCUUAGAGGGUUUAUCUUUAUGACGCUGUUAAGGGACCAAGACUGGGGCUUAAAGGAGAUGUACAUAAUGUGUAUAGGAUCAGUACUCUAUUCUCAAGUUAAGAUCAGGAUGUAUAUACAUCACCUCAUGGAUGGAUGUGAGGGGUGAUAUAUGAACAUAUCGACUGUCUCUGCCUCCAGCAGUGGUGAACUGACAUUUGCUGUAGAAAUCAAAAACAGACUGUUAGGAAGUUUCCUGCCAUUUACAUCCAGCUCUCUUUUCAUACGUACAGCCCAGCGUACACACAGACAGAUGACACACAUCCUGCUGCAAGCUGUUCAGUCUGGCGUGAGACACAUUAUAAAAAAAGGAGGAGAGAGGAAUGGCCUCAUUUAUAUGUGCAUUCUGUUUGUACAGUGAAUAGUCAGUCAGUAAGACCCCAGUUAUUGUAAAACUUCAACUGUGACAAUGUUGAACGCAAAAUAAACAAAUAUAUGACUUAUGGUA